AUGGCGUCUUUGACAUCACUGCCGCCCGAGUUGCAAAUGCAUACAGUCCAUCUGACCAGUGAUUCGCAACCAGACUUGGCUGUUACUUUAGAGGAGCCAGCUCAGAACAAUGAGGCUUUUACCGAGACUGUGCUGCUCAUUCUUUGUCUUCUCUCGUCAUGGGGCCCAGCCGGGAACGAGGCUGGGACGUCUUGUCGCGGCAUACGCCUCAUACUGUCUGCUGCGUCACCAACAGAUGCUAUCGAUUCCCAUGGGUUCAAGCGUCGCCAUAGAAAGGUUCGCUGGGAGAGGUCCUGUAUUGGCUUUUUGGUAAACCGCCCCAGGGACCUUCCCGUUUCGUGUCUCGUCUCAACGUUCAGUUGCACUGCGCUCAAGACCUUUCGAAACUUCUCCCUGGCGGCCAUCUGCGCGAUCGCGUCGUGCCUCCCCAAUGUGCACACCUUGGAUUGGGGCUUGGGAGAUCUAGAGCGGCAUGGUAUUGCACGUGGCGUCGAGAUGCGCGAGGAGUUUGCCAAGGGGCUCAUGGAGCUUCCACGGAAUGUUCGCCACUUUGCCCUGAAGUUUGACCGUGGCGUGCCGCUGAACCAUCAUUGGAGUCCACCGCAGCUUUACCACGGUGAUCCCGCGGUGCCCGAUCCUCUGAGCGUAUCCCUGCGCUAUCUCAUGCAGCGCCUGGAAACGCUGGAGGUAAAAAAUGACACCAUUAUUGGCAGCGAGAUAUUCUGGCCCUCAUCGUCGACCGAUCCAGGGAGCCACAACAAUGGUCCUGUCGAGUUUCUGAACCUUCGCCAUGUCGUUGUCUGCGCUGGCAUCGUUUCGCCGUGUGGUUCCUGGCUGUGCUCCGAGGAUCCCUCUGUCGGCGCCGUCCAGCCUCCUAACGUCAACCCCUUGAAUGAUGAUGUGGUGCCAGGAGACGAGGGGGAAGCCAUGUUUCGGCUCAAGUAUUUACCGGGUCUAGUCGAGCCAUAUCACCUGGCAGCUGCGUGUGCCGCUUCGCGCAUGCCUCGGCUCAACAACUUGGAGAUCAUGUGGUCAUCUCCUCGUCCCGCUUGCCUCGAAUACAUAGUUCGAGACUGUGGAGCACAGGCAACUCUCAAAUUCUACGGUUCACUACCUCUUGAACUAACGGGAAGCUCUGAGAAGGCAUGGCGAGAAGCUGCAAAGGUCCAUGUUGGUGAUGAGAAUAGCCUAGACAUGAAUUUCAUAGACGAAGGGAACAACUGGCAGCCACCUGAGACACGGACACUGAGAACAUAG